GCGCGCACGGGCACGACUCGUCUGAGGAGAGGAGUUUCCCCUUUCCCCUCGACGCCCCUUCGCGAGCGCCCGAAAACCUAGCCGCCAAAUCCACCCAUGGCUCGCCGCGGCCGCGACGACGACGACGACGAGGUCGAGGAGGAGGAGGAGGACGAGGAGGAGGCCUACGACCUCGACGACGAGGAGGAGGACGAGGGGGACGACUACGAGGAGGAGGCGAGGGGCCGGGGCAAGGCGGCCUCCCGCUCCCGCGCCCCCGCCGGCGGGGUGCGGAAGAGAUCGCGCCAGGACAACUUCAUCGACGACUCGGCCAUCGAGGACGACGACGAGGACGAGGAGGACGACGGCGGGAGCCGCCCGAGGAAGAAGGGCGGCGGCGGCGGUGUGCGCGGGUUCUUCGACGAGGAGGCGCAGGUCGACGAGGACGAGGAGGAGGAGGACGAAGGCGAAGGCGAGGAUGACUUUAUCAAUGAUGCUGGAGCCGACAUUCCUGAUGACGAUGCCGGCAGGGGCUCCAGAUCACGUCACUCUAUCCCUAUGAGGGAUGAAGAAGAGGAUAUAGAUGAGAUUGAACGACAAGUACGAGAGAGAUAUGCAAGAUCUACUCAUAUUGAAUACGGAGAGGAAGCUGCAGACGUUGAACAGCAAGCUCUCUUGCCAUCUGUGAAAGAUCCAAAGCUUUGGAUGGUGAAAUGUGCGAUCGGGCAUGAGAGGGAGACAGCAAUCUGUCUAAUGCAAAAGUUCAUUGAUAGGACAGAUCUCCAGAUAAAGUCUGUUGUUGCGUUAGAUCAUCUAAAAAAUUAUAUUUAUGUUGAAGCGGAAAAAGAGGCCCAUGUCAAGGAGGCUUGCAAAGGUCUACGAAAUAUCUAUUCUUCGGCAAAAAUAACGUUAGUCCCCAUAAAAGAAAUGGCAGAUGUCCUCUAUGUUGAGAGCAAGAAUGUUGAUCUUGCAAGGGAUACUUGGGUCCGAAUGAAGCUGGGAGUAUAUAAAGGUGACCUUGCUAAGGUUGUUGAUGUUGACAAUGUACGCCAAAGGGUAACUGUGAAGCUCAUUCCUAGAAUAGAUUUACAAGUUUUGGCUAGUAAACUGGAAGGGAGGGUGGUUGCAAAGAAGAAAACCUUUGUCCCACCACCAAGAUUCUUUAAUAUUGACGAAGCCAGGGAAAUGCACAUACGUGUGGAGCGGAGGCGGGAUAAAGACUCUGGGGAAUACUUUGAGAUGGUUGAUGGUUUGAUGUUCAAAGAUGGUUUCUUGUAUAAACCGGUCUCGAUAAAAUCAAUCCACACACAGGGUAUUCAGCCAUCAUUUGAUGAAUUGGAGAAGUUCAAGAAACCUGGCGAUGACAUGAAUGGGGAUAUGUCUAGCUUGAAUACUCUGUUUUCUAAUAGGAAAAAGGGGCACUUUAUGAAGGGUGACGCUGUCAUUGUUGUUAAAGGCGAUCUAAAAAACUUAGAGGGGUGGGUUGAGAAAGUAGAGGACACAACUGUCCACAUCAGGCCGAAAAUAUCCGAUCUUCCGAAAACAUUAGCCUUCAACGAGAAAGAACUUUGCAAAUAUUUCAAACCUGGAGAUCAUGUGAAAGUGGUAUCGGGUGUCCAAGAGGGCACCACAGGCAUGGUUGUUAAAGUUGAUGGGCAUGUCUUAAUCAUUUUAUCAGACACAACUAAAGAACAUAUACGUGUGUUUGCCGACCAUGUUGUGGAGAGCUCUGAAAUCACCACAGGAAUUACAAGAAUUGGUGAUUAUGAACUACAUGACCUUGUUCUUUUGGACAACUUGUCUUUUGGGGUCAUUAUAAGAGUGGAAACUGAAGCAUUCCAGGUUCUGAAAGGAGUGCCAGAUAGACCUGAAGUGGUGCUUGUAAAAUUGAGAGAAAUAAAAAGCAAGAUCGAUCGGCGUACAUCAGCGAAAGAUCGGUUUAAUAACAUGGUCGCAACUAAGGAUGUUGUAAGAGUUGUUGAUGGAGCAUGUAAGGGAACGCAAGGACCUGUGGAACACAUACAUAAGGGGAUAUUGUUCAUAUAUGAUAGGCACCACCUUGAACAUGCAGGCUUCAUUUGUGCAAAAGCACAAUCGUGCAUUCUUGUCGGUGGAUCGACUGGUGGCCGUCGUGGAAAUGGUAUGGAUGCUGCAGAUGCCAGGCUCGGUGCUUUGAGAUCCCCGGCAAGCAUUUUGCAGUCUCCAGGAAGGCUGCCCCCAAGAGGACCUCAAAUGAAUUAUGGUGGAAGAUUUGGAGGAGGUGGUCGUGGUGGAAGAGGACAUGAUGCCUUGGUUGGCAAGUGUAUCAAAAUUAAAUCUGGUCCUUAUAAAGGGUACCGUGGCCGCGUUAAAGAGGUGACUGGGGUGCUUGUGCGUGUUGAGCUUGAUUCGUUAAUGAAGAUUGUCACAGUUAAGAGAGAUGAUAUUGCCGACACACCUACUGUUGCAACACCAUUCCGUGAACCCCGAUUUUCGUUGGGUAGUGAAACACCGAUGCACCCGUCCAGGACCCCGCUUCAUCCAUUUCAGACUCCAAUGCGUGAUCCUGGAGCAACACCGAUACAUGAUGGAAUGCGAACCCCGAUGCGUAGUAGGGCCUGGGCUCCUAUGAGUCCUCCAAGAGAUAAUUGGGAAGAUGGAAAUCCUGAUACUUGGGGAAGCAGUCCAGCUUACCAGCCAGGAACGCCACCAGCUCGGCCAUAUGAAGCCCCAACACCUGGUUCAGGGUGGGCAAAUACUCCAGGAGUUAGUUAUAAUGAUGUUCCAACUCCUAGAGAGAGCAACUAUGCAAAUGCUCCAAGCCCAUAUGUGCCUUCUACACCUGUUGGUCAGCCAAUGACACCAAAUUCUGCGGCGUACCUUCCUGGUACACCUGGUGGUCAACCGAUGACUCCAGGCAAUGCUGGAAUGGAUAUAAUGUCUCCCGUAAUGGGUGGCGAGGGUGAAGGUAACUGGGCAUUGCCAGAUGUGUUAGUUAAUGUCUUGGCGGCAGGUGAUGAAGGACCUGGUGUGGUCAGGGAAGUGCUUGGGGAUGGAACUUGCCGUGUGGCACUUGGGUCUUCAGGCAACGGAGAUAUUGUGACGGUACUUCCGACUGAGCUCGAGGUCAUCAGACCAAAGAAGAGCGACAGGAUCAAGAUCAUGAAUGGUACCUUCCGUGGAUUUGUUGGAAAACUUAUAGGAAUAGACGGUUCCGAUGGCAUUGUGAAGCUCGACGACACAUAUGAGGUCAAGAUCUUAGAUAUGGUGAUUUUGGCAAAACUGGCGGCUUGAGCUGGAUGUAUAUUUGUAACCUGUGCCUCGUAUAGCCUUUGUUGUAACAAGUGUAGUUUUCAAUAAAACAUAUGUUAUUUUUGUUUCAUUAUUUUAGUUGUAUCCCAGAUUUUGACAUCAAUAGAAAAAAAAACCAUGAGGGAAAUGUUCUCCAUUAUUCUCUUC